UUAGUUUGUCCCACGGCACUUCCUCCUUUCCAGCCUGUCGCGGUGACCCGCUCCCCUUCGGUUGGCAGGCUGCUGUCACAACAGCCACCAUGUUAUCCCAUUCCCGGUGUUUGUCCAAGAAUAUUGGUCGCUCCCUGUCUGCCAUCCGCCAGGGAAAUAAUGCGUUGACUCGCCGUGGUGCAGCAGCAAUAUCAACUAGCUACCCAGUCAUUGUCAAGAACACUGGCAAAUCUGAUCCUCGAUCCAGUGUCUUCCAAAUCCAAUACUUCAGGACCUCUGUUGCCUACAGAGAGGAAGUCAUCACUAUCAAGACCCCUGCUUUUGCAGAAUCUGUUACAGAGGGAGACGUGAGGUGGGAAAAAGCUGUUGGGGACACUGUCUCAGAGGAUGAGGUGGUCUGUGAAAUUGAGACUGAUAAGACAUCCGUUCAGGUUCCUUCCCCCGCUUCAGGAGUUAUUGAAGAGCUUUUGAUUCCCGAUGGAGGGAAAGUGGAAGGGGGAACUCCUCUCUUCAAGCUUCGUAAAGGAGCUGGGUCUCCUAAACCUGCAGAAUCACCAAAAGCUGAGGCCCCGGUUGCUGCAGACCCUCCACCACCUUCUGCUCCUGCACCUCCUCAAUCAGCUGUGGGCCCCAUUCCCACCACUAUGCCCCAUGUACCACCUGUGCCAGCACAUGCAAUGGAUACCAAACCAGUCUCAGCCAUCAAGCCCACUGCUGCUCCCAUUACAAUGGCUGCUGCUGUGGAUGGAGGAGCAAAAGCAGGUCGCACUGAGAGCAGGGUUAAGAUGAACCGCAUGAGACUGAGAAUUGCGCAGAGGCUGAAGGAGGCCCAAGACACCUGCGCCAUGCUGACUACCUUUAAUGAGAUUGACAUGAGCAACAUCUCUGAGAUGAGGAAAUCCUACAAAGACACCUUUUUGAAGAAGCACAACAUCAAGCUAGGCUUCAUGUCUGCAUUCGUCAAGGCUGCUGCCCACGCUCUGACUGACCAACCUACUGUUAAUGCUGUAAUUGAUGACACAACCAAAGAGAUUGUGUAUAGAGACUAUGUAGACAUCAGUGUGGCUGUGGCCACCCCAAAGGGUCUUGUUGUUCCAGUGAUCAGGAAUGCCGAGGGAAUGAAUUUUGCCGACAUUGAGAAGACCAUCAACAUGUUGGGUGAAAAGGCCCGCAAGAACGAGCUAGCCGUUGAAGACAUGGAUGGAGGAACCUUUACCAUCAGUAACGGCGGAGUUUUUGGGUCCAUGUUUGGCACUCCCAUCAUCAACCCACCUCAGUCUGCAAUUUUAGGCAUGCAUGGUAUCUUCGACAGGCCUGUAGCUGUGGCUGGCAAGGUGGAGAUCCGUCCAAUGAUGUACGUCGCCCUGACAUAUGAUCAUCGCCUCAUCGAUGGAAGAGAGGCAGUUACCUUCCUGCGCAAGAUUAAGACCGUGGUAGAGGACCCAAGGGUGCUGCUCCUUGACAUGUGAGCCCCUCAGCUCCAGACCCAACCGACCAAACUCCCCUCACUCAACCAAUGGCGGUACCCACCUACUGAACAUUAGCCAAACUAUAAGACAUGGAUUUAUUUGAUUGUGUUGUUUUCGGGUAAAGAGUUGGGGCUGUGCAAUAUAAGGUUGGCUGUGAUAAAAUGGUUUGGUAAUGUAGAAAAAAUAAAAAAGCACACUCUGAUGCUUUUUUAAGGUCUACUCUUUGAGAUCAAAUAGUAUAUUCAAACAUUUAUGUGCACCAUAUGUAAUUUUCUACAGACUAUGUACAUCUUUCUGUGGGAUGGCCAUUAGAUUCAACUCCAUUGGUUCAUUUUGGGUGAGAACAGUAAGAUGUAUUGAAACCAAGAAACAAUGAAUAUUUCCAAAGCUAAGAACACUUGGAGAAUUGUGGUAAUGUGGAAAAUUGUCAUUAUACUAUGCUAUUUAAGAACAUGUUUUAAACAAUAAAAUCAACAUUACUGGAA